AUGAGCGCGCUGCACCGGAGCAGUAGGAGUAGGUCCAAGACCGCCCCAGAGACCGGCGCACCAACCACCACCACUGAUACGGGCCACUCGACGCCCACACACGUUCCUGCGAAAGCUCCUACACCCGAGCCUCUCGAGUCGCCGGAACCCGCCUCUCCUCCCCUCCCGCGCAACGUGCCCCACCCCUCCACCGCCCAGGACACACACACCGGCACCGCCCCGGUCGAAGCUCUGGCAACAAUGUCUGCCGCAGCCAACGGCACGAACGACCAUGACCUCGUACACAAUGGCGGUAUCGCCGAUGUCGGCGACGAGGGCUCGAGCAGCCUCAGCGAACCUGAGGAGAGCAUCGAGGACCGCGACGAGGCCGCGCUAAGAGACGUCGCAUCACCGAUCGCCGACGAGAACGACUCCGAGGCAGAAACGGAGCGCAUUGAAAAUACUCCGCGCAAGCCCACGCGCACGGCCACCGACGUCACGAAUGGCUCGGAAGGUCGGAGCCCAAGCAAGCUGGCGAGGGUCAUAACAGCCGAGCCGGAGAACCUUAGCCAGAGUCCUGCUCUCCCUACACGGCAACGCAAGGCAAACUCGGAUGCCGACGACCUGAGCGACGACGACGACGAGCUUCCUGCCGAAGAUAAGCACAAUGUCGACGCCGAUGCUGAGGGCUCAGCCACACCCGAAGGCAGCGACCGCAAGCGCAAGCGAUCAAGUAGUGCAUUGUCGUCCAUUGCAGACGAUCUAGACAAUGACCAGCCUGCACGGAAGCGUCCUAGCCCCGUACGGCCGGUCGAGCUGAAUGGCGACCCCAUGGAAGUGGACGGCGAGGGUGAAGAGCCCGUCGCCGACGAAGGGGAAGACCACCCAUCCAAAGAUAUCGAGGAGCCGUUAGUUGAGGAAGAAGAUAACGAAGAGGCCGCGCAAGAAGCGGCAAACGAUGCUUCUGCUGGCCCGAAGAAGUCCAAAGGAAAGAAAGGGCAACGGAAGGGCAAGAAGGGAAAGUCCCACGACAACGAAGAACAUGCCGCGACUCCCCAAGAAGCCGAGGAUGAAGAGGCGCCCGAAGCUGAACUCGAGGCCGAGGACUCGGCAUUGAUCGAGGAAGAGCGUGGUCGGAAACACAACGCUCUUGAGGAGCUCAAUAAGAUCGAAAAGCAAUUUCUCGCUUUCCAGAAGAAGCGGCUGGAGGAACAGCUCGAACGGCUCUCGGUCGAACUUGACCAGUUGAAACGACCUGAUUCAACUCAUCAUGAGUAUCUCCUCAUGCUGCAAGCCGUCGACAAGCGCCGCGACGAGAAAACUCGGCAGGAGAGCGUUCGCUUAGGAUUGAAGAAGGAUAUACUCAGGAAACAGUUCGUGGCUAUGCGCAACUCGAUACAUGGCCAAUACAUGCACGAUGUCGCCGAGCUUCGCAUGGACACUCUGUCUGAGUGCAAUAAGCGGAUAACACAGCUGCAAAGAGAGCGACGCUAUUGGGGAUCAAACGAGCGGGACUACAGCGUCAAAUUUACCCAAAAACGCUCCCAGCAAGUCCAGCAACAAACGGCCUACAACUUGGAGGUGUCUAUCCUGUCUGGCGUCGCGAAACACGUUGGCUUCCCUGCAGCACCCGACCUCGGUGCUGCCCGUGCCCCGGAAAUGGACCACGAUCUGGUUGCCAUGGGAAUACCGAUUCGCCCAGCUCCACAAGCAGCCCGCCCAACGGGACCCGCUGAAUCAUCGCGUGCUGACAGAGCUGCCGCAGAAGAGCAGUUUUUCGAGCAGAAUGCCUGGGCAAACCCUCAGCACCCCGCGCACAACCACAAUCAUUACCAGAUUACGAGUUCCCAGCAACGCGUCAUCAGUAACCCAUUUGCAACUCCAGCUGCUCAAAGAGACCGAAUCGAUCUGCAAGCGCCAAAUGGCUCGGCAUCAACAAUAGACAUGCAGUCGAAUCCUCCCUCCGGAACAGCAGGCCAAAAUUCCACGGCGCAACGUGAUGCAUAUGAGUCACCAAUCGUUCAGAUGAAGCAAGCUGUGAACCGCAACCCAGGGAACCAUCCUCCGGUCGACACACCCGUUCGCCCGGGCUCUCACCCAUCUCGCGAGGCAAACCCGGGAGACUCACACCGUGCUCGCGACAUCUACGACAAUCCAGCUCUGAUGUCACAUCUGGGCAUUCCCGGCGCGCAGUCAGCCGCCGAAAGCCAUUCCACCAGUGCUAUCAAGGAUGAGGAUGCAGGCGAACAGCUCCAGCGAGCAGCAAUAACGCAGCGAACAGGAGUGGUGGGUGGUCUAUUUCGCUGA